AUGUCAUUCCUCUUCAAAUAUUCUGCGGUCCUGCGGAUAUAUUCUGCGGUCCUGCGGAUCAUCAAGGCGCGUGAGCAAGAGAAGAAGAAGAUGUUCAAAUCUCAAAUGCACUUCAUGAUUCAGAACAUUGAGAAGACAGCCCUGCUCUCUGAGCAUGCUAAUCUGCUUACUGCUGAGAUGAAACCUGAGACAGCAGACCAGGAAAUGCAGGAUUUUGAGAUACAGGUUGACCUGGCUGAGAGGGAGCAGUGA